AUGCCUGACGGUGCGUACACUCUUGCGCCUGUGGUGCUGUCAGCGGGAAAUGACUUCGAAAACUACAACGACCACGGCGGCAACAAGACGCUGCUCUUCGACGAGCCGGCGGACGCGCCGGUGCUCCAGACGGCAAAGGGGGUCGAGAGGGAGCUCCGUCAGGGGGCUGCUAGGGCGGGCCUGCCGGCCGUCCUCAGCGACAAAUUCUUCUCGGGGAUGGCCCUCAACAUGCACCUGGCAGCGAAGAAGGGGAAGACGUUCGACAAAGUCGAGUGCUUCAACGAAGGCAACGGUACGUAAGCGGGAGGGAGGGCGCACAGAUCCACAUAUAUAUGAGCUCUGCGUGUGGAUGCUGCAGGUCAGCUGCUGAUUGCAGACGGUCGCAGUGAGAGCGUCGACGGCCGUGUCAGGGGGCGCGCAUCGACGCCAUCAUCAUCUCGUACGGUAUCACCAAGCGUGUGGUCAAGACCACGACGGUGACGUGGCACCAGAGAGAGACCCUCGGCUUGAUCAGGGGCCACCGCCAUGAAAACAACCAUGUCAACAUCCAGGAGACGGCCUGCACCAAGCUCAACGGCGAAGCACAGGCACACCUCACCAAGAUCAAGGGGGCUUACCUCGCCCUCCUCAACAACAGCAACCUGAACGUCGGACCUCAGUUGCCGGUGUGUGCCAACGCCUUCAUAUCGACCGGCGGCAUUCACGCACUCAUGGAUGUCUUGUGUCUCUCCUUUCAGUAGGUCCCUGUCGCCCAACGCCCCGUCAUCCCGAUACACCCGGCGCAACGUUCUCCUCUGCCGAUCGUCAUCACCGCAGCCGGCGCACGACAUGGCCUGAGUUCACCACCAGGCGGCGCGGCACUGGCACUGGCACUGAUGAGGCACAAGCGCAUGUGAGGACAGAGGCUGUCAAGUGUGUGCGUGUGGGUGUUGACGGGAGGGUGAGACAGAAGGGGAAAGCAGGAGGAGGGCAGGCAGUUUCUGAUACUAUGUGGCAUGACAUCUGGGCAGUUUGUGUCGCGUGUGGUUGCAUGAAGGACUGUUGUGUGUGGCGGGUUUGUCGGCAUCAGAGGCUGCACGUGAAGCGUGGAGCCUCUAGUGCCGACCACUCGUGUCUCUGUUCAUGUGUGUGAGUGUGUGUGUGUGGAGGGGGUGGAGUUUCUCAGCGGGGCAGUGAAGUCGAGAGAGACAGUGACGACACAGACCGGU